CCAAGCCUGUCUAGUAACGUUCUUCUUACCGUGUCAGAAAUUGACACAUGCUGCUGUUGCUGUCCAUUUGGGCAUUACACUGACUUGUACAAUUUCAUCUUUCUCUCAGUCCUCCGUUAGGAAAUGCUGCGAGUGAGGUCCGCGCUCUGUCAGUCUUGGAGGGGGUUUAAGACUUUUGCCUGUGCAGCAGUGGAAGUGAAGAAUGAACCUAUCCUAGCAUUCAAGGAAGGGAGUCCAGAGAGGGUUCAACUAGAGAAGGCUCUACAGGAGCUUAAGGGAAAGACAGAGGAGAUUCCAUGUGUGGUUGGGGACGAAGAAGUCUGGACCAAAGAUAUCCGAUACCAACUUUCGCCCUUCAAUCACUCUCACAAAGUGGCAAAGUUCUGCUAUGCUGAUAAGGAGCUUCUUAACAAAGCCAUCCUGGCGUCAGUAGCUGCGCGGAGAGAAUGGGACCUGAAGCCUGUACAGGACCGAGCCCAGAUUCUUUUCAAGGCUGCUGACAUCAUCAGUGGACCUAAGAGAGCAGAAGUGCUAGCCAAGACCAUGCUUGGGCAGGGUAAGACUGUAGUGCAGGCUGAGAUUGAUGCUGCUGCAGAACUGAUUGACUUCUUCAGGUUUAAUGCCAAACACGCCAUUGAAUUGGAACAUCAGCAGCCCCUGGACAGUGACGGCAGCACCAACACCAUGCUAUACCGAGGUCUGGAGGGUUUUGUGGCUGCUGUCGCUCCGUUCAACUUCACCGCGAUUGGUGGAAACCUGGCCGGCACCCCAGCUCUAAUGGGUAAUGUAGUGCUGUGGAAACCUAGUGACACAGCUAUGUCUGCCAGCUAUGCAGUUUAUAAGAUCCUGCGAGAGUCCGGCCUGCCUCCCAACAUCAUCCAGUUUGUCCCAGCUGAUGGACCAGUGUUUGGAGACGCCAUUACUGCUUCAGAGCAUCUGGCUGGCAUCAAUUUCACUGGCAGUGUCCCAACAUUUAAGCGUUUGUGGAAGCAAGUGGCCCAAAAUCUUGAUAUCUACAAAAACUUCCCUCGUGUGGCAGGAGAAUGUGGCGGAAAGAACUUCCAUUUUGUCCACAAGUCUGCGGAUGUUCACAGUGUGGUGAAUGGAACAAUCCGGUCUGCGUUUGAGUAUGGAGGGCAGAAGUGCUCAGCCUGCUCUAGGAUGUACGUGCCAGACUCCCUGUGGCCCCAGAUCAAACAGGAGCUCCUCGCCGUUCACAAGCAAAUCAAAGUGGGAGAUCCAGUGGAGGAUUUUAGCACCUUCUUCUCAGCAGUUAUUGAUGAUAAGUCAUUUACCCGAAUUCAAAAGUGGCUGGAGCAUGCCAAGUCUUCACCAAAUUUGACCGUCAUUGCGGGAGGAAACUGUGAUGGCAAGAAGGGUUACUUUGUUGAUCCCACCAUUGUUGAAACUAAAGACCCUCAAGAUGCCAUUAUGAACGAGGAGAUCUUCGGGCCUGUUCUGAGUGUUUACGUUUAUCCUGAAAAUAAGUACAAGGAGGUGCUGCAUUUGAUUGACAACACAUCCCCGUAUGCUCUUACAGGAGCCAUCUUCUCCAAGGAUAAGACUGUGGUGGAUGAGGCUGCCAAAAUCUUGAGAAACGCAGCAGGGAAUUACUAUGUUAAUGACAAAUCUACUGGCUCCAUUGUGGCCCAGCAGCCAUUUGGAGGCUCCAGAGCAUCAGGUACGAACGACAAGCCUGGUGGACCUCACUACGUUCUUCGGUGGACAUCUCCUCAGGUUGUCAAAGAGACCCAUGUGCCACUCCGUGAUUGGAAAUAUGCUUAUAUGGGUUGAGAAAAGCCUCGUUGUUCUACUCACUGUUGGUCCAUUUAACCCCAAACUUUCCUUUUAUGAAGUCUUUUCCUCUCCUUCGCCUUCAAUUCAGACUUGAAAACAAAUGUGAACUGUCAGAUCCAAAAUUGACUUAACAUAUAUCCCUGGCAAAGUGAUUCACUGUGCCAGAUGCUCGAGAUGUCCGUCAGGCUUGUGUAACAGAGAAGACUGAAGUCACAGCACCCUCUUGUGGUAGUGCUUUGUUAGGUCAGUCUGUCCUUGUGAUGACAACCACAUGAGAGUAUCCAACAUUGAUCAGAUGGACUUCUCUUGCCUGUGACAUCUGCAAAACCAAUGCUAUGGAUUUUAUCAUAGUGGUAUAAAUAGUUCAUUUAAUGAAAAUUGAAAAAAUACUAAUAGUAAUUUUGGAAAAUGCACUGAAAGUUGCUCUCUCUCUUUAGGCUUUUCUAUCUGGUAUAUCUCACACUGGUCACUGCUGUAGUUGACCAUUUCUUAGGUUCUAUCUCUCAUACAUUGUCUGCACAGAGGGAAAAAGAGUGUCGUUAUUUUAUCUUGUAUUACAGAAAUGCUGAAACUCACAACAUCGGUUAUUAACAAUCUGUUACAGUAAUAUCAAUAUUUUUUGAAGACCAAUAUUAAAUCUACCUUUGGACUGAAAAAGUUUGAUUUACAUAAAUGUUAGGAACUGUAUAACAGAAGAGGGAUAUGUCUGCCAGGUUUUCAUGGUCUAACUGAAUUUGAUCUCGAUUCUGUUGCAGAAUUAUUUCUGCCACAUCAAAUACAGAUUGGUUUAAUGCACUGGCUUUUCUGAAACUAUGAUUGUAAUUGUAAUGAGAGAAUAUGAGGUAUUGUAUUACAGCAGUUGUUUCACAGUUGUCCUAAAGAAAUAUUAAGUAAAAUAUAAAAUCAAUAUCAUAUGCACUUUUAUUACUAUGCAUAUUCUGUUCUAAUCUCAUCCAUCCAGGCAUUCAUAUAAAAAGAUUAAAGCAAUUACUUUUUAAAAGAAUGAGCAAGUUAGCUUCCUGUAGAAAAACCGUACUAAAACCUUUAGUGCCUGAAUAAAGGAAUGAUAUGGAAACUA